AUGGCUCCGUGGCUGCUGUGGCUGCUGCUGGUCACCGGCACCGCUGUCGCCACCCCUGCCCUCCAUCCCAACCCCAAUCCCAACGUGUCGGACGCGGAGCUCCGGGAGCUCUCGGAGCAGCUGCUCGCCGCGGACUCGAACCGGGCCAGGCCGGGCCAGCUGGAACUGAACCUGCAGGGCUCGGGCAGCGACAGGCUGUUUUCUCGCGUGUCCCCGGAGCUGCUGGCCGUUCCCACGUUCUCGGGGCUCCUCGCCCUCCUGGACAAUUACGAGCCGCGGCCGGGCCGGGCGGAGGCGGAGCCGCCGGCGGAGCUGCGGGAGCAGCGGCGCUUCCUGGAGGCCGCGCUGGCCACGCCGGUGCUGGCGCUGCUCGAGCGCUUCGUGCUCGCCAAGGGGCUGUACCCCUCGGCCGAGGCCUUCCGUGCCGAUCUCCACUCCAUGUGGUUCGGGCUCUACUCGCGCUCCGGUGGCAAAGCUCUGGAUUCCUGCGGCUUCGAGCACGUGUUCGUGGGGGAGGUGAAGAACGACGCGGUGUCGGGGUGUCACAACUGGGUGCAGCUGCAGGCACUGGAGAGCGCGGGGCGACUGCAGUACCUGGGCUACACCUGGGACGGGCCCUGGACAGCCUUCCCGGACGUGCUGUCGCUGCGGUUCCGCUGGGACGGGCACCUCAAAUCCCGGGGGUCGCUCCUGGUGGGCUCCAGCCCCGAGUUCGACCUGGCGCUGUUCACCCUCUGCUUCCUGGCACGGCCCGACAGCCAGUGCCACGUCAGCCUGGGGGGCGAAGCCACCACCAUCCAGACCUACACGUGGGACAAGCAGCGCCUCGUGGCCUCCGCGUACCCCCUGACCCCGCAGUGA